UCAGUCAAAGUACCUGAAACCUUCAAGCAAGAACUGCAAAGAUUCUUACAAAAGUCACAAGAAGGGAGGGGAUAAAACUGUGAAUCUCUCUGCUUUUGACCGAUGCCAAGCGAUGCGGUUUCAUCUUUCUGAUCUUCUCUGCGUGCUGUCUGUGUGGAGAAGAAGACAAGGCAAAAAAGAAGGCCAGGAAAUCUGAUUCGUUACGCGGAAAUUCGGAUUUAAUUUAAUCAUCACCACCUUUUAAUUAAGUACCCAAGAUUUCAAACAUCACAUGCUUCUCCUUCUGCUCAAGCCAUAGACCAAGUCCCCAUCAAUCUCUCUAUCUUCCUCUCCCCUCUUGCGUAUCAUAUAGAGGUUGGACUAUCGAUGUGGGCGACGGAACGAGUCCCCCCGUAGAUAAAAAGGGAGAUAAAUUCCUGUUUUGGAGGCCUCGAUCUUUGUUGGGUUCGUGCAAAUCUUUCUGCUCUCUGCAAUUCUCUCAUUGCAGUUCGUAAAGGGCUCUGCUUUUUUGGUUUGGGUGCUUUCGCUGGAUAUUCGUGCGCCCCCAUUUCUCUUUGGUCUCAACUCUCGAGAUUUUCUUUUCCGUGGCAAAGAAAGAGAAAAGAGAAAUUCGGAUUCCUCUUUCGAUUCCUCUCGGUUUGCGCCUUUGUCCUCAUACGAGCGCCCUUAAAUAACGAACCACCAUUGUUUCCUGCAGAAAACCUGGGCUUCAGUUGAGACAGCGGGAGAAUUUCGUCGUUCCUCUCGAGACUUUCUCUGAAUUCCUGACCCUUUUUCGUCCUCCGUCUUUUGGUUUUUGAUUUGACGUGAAGGUUCUGACGUCGAAUCGUCACGACUGUAGAAACAGGGGACCUGUUUCUGUUUUCUGUUUCUUCAGUGUUGAUCAAGAGGAGGGCGAUUGAGUUUUCUUUAAGGUUAGUGAAAUAGCAGAGACAGAGGGAGAGGGAGAGAGAGAGAGAGAGAGAAGAACAAUCACUUCCUUGUAACAGUUGCGUUUGGCAAUUCCUUGGAUCGUUGUUUUCGGUUUUUUUUCUUCCCCUUCGUUUUUCCAUUUUCUUUUUUCGUCGUUUAAUUGCCAACGAAGAAGAGAAAGAAUCUUAGUUUCCUAAAAAAUAGCUGUCGGGAAGAGUCGAAAAAUAGUAUUUGCUCAUCAGACCCAUCUUUUUGGUCCGAUCAUUCUGUGAUUUUAAGAGGGAAUUAUUAGUAUCCCGAUAAUCCCUCCCUCCCCUUCCCAAAUCCCUCCUCUGUUUUUCCUCUGUUUCUCUCCAUUUUCAGGGUUUGGAGAGAGAAGUUGAUUUCAAGAAAAACCUCUCUCUCUCUCUCUCUCUUUCUGGAAAUUAUGGUCGUUGACAAGGACUCAAUGCAAUCAAAUCUGGUUUGCUUCCUCCGAUGCACAACACCAGUCGCGCAAUCCCAAUCCCUGCCCAAGAUUGAUAUCAGGAACCUUAAUCGUUUGUGGCACCCCUGGGAGAGGGAAAAGGUUGAGUAUUUCACAUUGGGUGAUCUCUGGCGUUGUUACGAUGAAUGGAGCGCCUAUGGGGCCGGUGUUCCGAUCGUCAUGAGCGGUGGAGAGACCUUAGUUCAGUACUAUGUGCCCUAUCUCUCGGCUAUUCAGAUCUUCACCAGCAGUUCCUACGUGAACAGGUUCAGGGAGGAGGCUGAUUCUGGGGAUUGUGAGACGAGGGACUCGUUCAGCGACUCCUGCAGCGAAGAGAGCGAGAGCGAGAAGCUAUCAAGGACGGACGGAUGUUCAUCUGAAGACAGCGGGUUCGAGCAAGACACGCUAUGGCAUCUGAAUGACAGAUUGGGCUACCUCUAUUUCCAGUACUUCGAAAGAUCAGCUCCUUAUGCGAGAGUCCCUUUGAUGGAUAAGAUCAAUGAACUCGCCAAGAAGUAUCCUGGUUUGAUGUCUUUGAGGAGUGUAGAUCUUUCUCCUGCUAGCUGGAUGUCAGUGGCUUGGUACCCAAUAUAUCAUAUUCCCAUGGGAAGGACCAUAAAGGACUUGUCCACUUGCUUCCUCACAUACCACACCCUUUCCUCUUCAUUUCAAGAUAUGGACCUUGAGGACGACGCCGAGUGUGCUCAGAGGAAGCGAAAGGAAGGAGAAGGCAUCAGCCUCCCUCCAUUUGGGCUGGCCACUUACAAGAUGCAGGGUAAUGUGUGGGUCUCGGGCAAGAGUGGCCGGGACCAGGAGAGGCUGAUGUCGCUGUUGAGCGUGGCAGAUUCGUGGCUAAAGCAGCUCCGGGUCCAGCACCAUGACUUCAACUACUUCAUGGGGAUUCGGCGUGGCUAAAGCACCAACUUGCGCGAAAAAAGUACUCCGGAGAGAUGUAGAAAUGACCAUGUAAAAGAGGCGGAGAUAAAAACAGAAGACCCUUUUUGAGGAUCAAACGUGUUAGGUUAACCGCGAUCUUACGAUGAGGUCGUGUUCGAGGAGGCUACUUUAGCUGCCCAAACCUAUGUGAGACAUGAACGUGAUGUUUGUUGAGUUCGAGGGUUGUGUUUGGUUUUUCGUUUCUAACCACUGUGUAGUGUCUAAGUAGUUUGUAGGCUUAAUUCCUGUGAUGCAGAGGGGGUUUGGAUCUGAGAAAUAGGAAAAAAAAAGUAGGAGAAUAGAAGGGUACUUUGAUCUCUGGCUUUGUGAA